AUGAGACAGCAAGGAGAUAGAAAGGCAGGAAGAUCCCCAUGGACUCUAGCUCUGUACAUCAAGACUGACACCCACGCUGCAGUGAUCGCCCGCAACUACCCCACUGUGACCACGAAACUCCUGACUUCACUGUGUCAGCGGCGCACCACACGCCAUUGCCGACCUCAGUUCGGCUCCACGAUUACCCUCACACCCGAGGGUUGGCUCACGAGGGACUGUGGAGAUGUGGCCAUCGGUCAACAGUCAGUCAACAGAAGACGUCAGACCAGCGUGAUCCAGUCAGUCGGACACCAGACAAGAACAUUUGCAUCUGUACCCAGGAGAAAGCAGACAGUGAAUGCAGAUGCAUUAACUCCAACCUGGCAACCCAUGACAUCCACUAUCGGUGUAUUUGGCCUUCUGCACUCCUCCCUACGUACCAUGGCAGAUGACUGCACCUCUCUACGUAAUACCUCAGUGUACCAGCAGGGGGAAGCAGUGUUUUUGGAGGCCAGCGUGGAGGCGCCGCUGCACCCUCCACUCACUGUAUAUGUGGACUACUGUGUUGCUACACUGAAGCCCGACCCUCUCUCCUCGCCAAGCUACAAGUUUAUCACCAAAUAUGGAUGUCUUGUAGACAGUGUAUUACCAGGGUCUUCAUCUAAAUUCCACCUGCGGGAGCAAGAAAACAUGUUGUGCUUCAGUGUCCAGGCCUUCCACUUCAAGCAGGAUUCUGGGGAACAGAUGUUCAUCAGCUGCCACCUGAGGGCCACUCCGAAACAAAACUCCCAGAGCCACCUUAACAAAGCCUGCUACUUCCAUAGGCCCUCAUUCAGGUGGCGUGCCACAGAGGGGGACCAUGCUCUGUGCGAAUGCUGUGACUCUGACGACUGCUUGAGACCCACUGGAGUGGGGAAUACUGGCGACACUGUCCACAAGACUUCACCCCAUAAAGAAACAAYGCAUGAGGCGGACACAACAGUCGGACCUCUUCACACCCUGCCAUCCUCCCAUUGGACUGGUCAUCUGUCAGUCAGUCACUGAAGAGCAUUUUUCCAACUUGACUAUUAGGUGGGUACAGGGACUGCUGAGAGCUGGGGAGUUGACC